UCACGUUCCUAUUCCCAAUAGAAUUCAAAAUUCGAUUUCCUAAAUUCUUUCUUUUAUAUGUUCGUUCCUGAUACGAAGAUUUGUGAAAUAUACUAGGGUUUCGAUUCUCGGAAUAUUACUUUUAGAUUUUGGUUGGCCUCCUUCGUGAGAUUGAGCAUUGGUUUUCUUUUCUUCUUUUUGGAGAUCACUUGAGAGGGUCAAGGAAAGAUGGUUACUUCGGAUAGUUCGAGUGAUUCGCCGUCACUGCCGCCGCCGAUACCGAAACAGUACGGUGUGACAAAGCCGUUGUCUCUCUCGGGACCCACCGACGCUGAUAUUCGCAGAACUAAGGAGUUGGAAAAGUUUUUGGAAGAUUCUGGCCUGUACGAGAGUGCCGAAGAGACUGCCAAAAGAGAACAUGUUCUUUCCCGCCUGAAACAGAUUUUGAAGGACUGGGUCAAGGGACUCACACGAUUGAGAGGAUACAGUGAUCGGGUGGUUGAGGAUGCAAAUGCUGUGCUUCACACGUUUGGUUCUUAUCGACUUGGAGUGCAUGGGCCUGGAGCAGAUAUAGAUGCACUAUGUGUUGGUCCUUCAUAUGUGAACCGGGAGGAAGAUUUCUUCUUUAUACUGCACAAAAUUUUUGCGGGAAUGAAAGAAGUCACUGAAUUGCGCAGCGUACCAGAUGCGCAUGUCCCAGUUAUGAAAUUGAAGUUUGAUGGUGUAUCGAUUGAUCUCCUGUAUGCCAGUAUUUCUCUACUGGUUGUACCUGAUAAUUUGGACAUAUCCAAUGUGUCUGUGUUGUACAAUGUUGAUGAGCCAACGGCACGGAGCCUUAAUGGAUGCAGGGUUGCUGAUAAAAUUCUCAAGCUUGUUCCAAAUGUUGAGAAUUUCAGGACAACUCUACGAUGUGUGAAGUUUUGGGCUCAUAAACGUGGCAUUUAUUCAAAUAUGAUUGGAUUUCUUGGAGGUAUAAAUUGGGCUCUUCUUGUUGCUCGAGUGUGUCAACUGUAUCCCAAUGCAUCUCCUAGUAUGCUCGUUUCUCGGUUCUACCGGGUUUAUACUUUGUGGAGAUGGUCAAAUCCCUUGAUGCUUUGUGAAAUAGAGGAUUUUGAGCUUGGAUUUUCAGUAUGGGAUCCUCGUAAAAACCAUUGGGACAGAAUACAUCAGAUGGCAAUUAUAACACCAGCGUAUCCAUGCAUGAAUUCUAGCUACAAUGUCUCAGCAAGUACACUUCGGAUUUUGACCGAGCAGAUCCAGAUUGGCAAAAGAAUCUGUGAGGAAAUUGAGCUGAAUAAAGCGCAUUGGGGUGAUUUGUUUGAAGAUUACUUGUUCUUUGAAAACUAUAAAAGUUUUCUGCAAAUUGAUGUAAUUGCAGCCAACAUGGAUGACUUCCUUGUUUGGAAAGGCCGGAUUGAGUCCAGGUUAAGGCAGUUGACUUUGAUGGUAGAGCGGGACACAAAUGGGAAAUUGCAGUGCCAUCCUCAUCCUCAGGAAUACAGAGAUUCGUUCAAACAGUGUGCCCAUGGUUCCUUCUUUAUAGGAUUGCAGAGGAAACAAGGGGAGGUCACUCAAGAAACUGAGCAAUUUGAUAUGCGUGGGACAGUUGAUGAGUUCCGGCAUCAAGUGAGUAUGUAUAGUUAUUGGAUACCGGGAAUGGAAGUGUAUAUAUAUCAUGUUCGUAGAAAGCAGAUACCUCCAUAUGUGUUUUCAGAGGGUUAUAAACAAACCCCACAACAAAGUCUGAGCAAGCUGCAGAAUGAGAAAUCGUCUUGCAGAGAUGAAGUUUGUAGGUCUGCAUUAGGUGAAAAGUGCUUGAAAAAGAGAAGGGAGCGUGAAGGAGCUGAAGAGGAGGAGCACAAGUGCAGAAAUAAAAGACAAUUGGUUAGCUUUCAAAGGGCAGAUUCAGUUGCUCCUGAAAUCCUUGCCAGUCAAAGGAGUGGCAGCUUAAUGAAGGAGUGUAACAUAGUUUCUCCGACAAAUGAAAAAACUGGUGGAGCCAAUAGAUUUUGUCAAGCUGGAGCUAUAUUAGCUUCUAGAGCAAUUUCAAGUAUGCUGGCAUGGAAUAAAUUGAUGCCAUGAGAGAGGCCUCUGCAGGAAUAUUGGCACCCUCUAGCAAAUGUGUAGUUUAUGUUAUCUUAAAGACCGGUGUCAUAAAAAUUCAGAGUUGCCUUCGCUGCCCCGAGGAUAAUGGAUUUGAUGCAAUUAGCAAUGACAGGAUUUAAGUGGUACUGUACCUAACUAUGAACCAGACCUCUGGGAUAUUUACAAGAGGCUCAUUUCAACUUGGCGUUUGCUAAUGUGUGUGGAAAACUCAUGCACUAGUGGCUGAAAAGGGAUUCUGGAAGUUUGAGGUUUCAAUGUGAAUUCACUUCUUGGUGAAGUUUCUAUUUUUCAUGAAGUCUAUUGCCCAUAUCACAUCUUGGUCUUCAGUAAUUGAUAUCAGUGUCUGGAUGGAGAAGGAUGUUGCAGAUUUUAGAGGUCGCUAGCUGUUUUCUCUAUGCUACAGAUGUUCAAGCCUUCUUUCUUAAGGCAUCAAUUAAAAUCAUGACAAAGUCUGAAACCCAGUGCUAGAAUGUCUGGCUCAAUGGAUUCUCAAUUUUGGACGAUCAGUAUCCAAUCUAUGAAAGGCAGCAUGCUCAACAGACAAGUAUAGUCUCAUUUAAUGUCUUAGUUGUAUAGGAGAGUUAGGAGGCACAUCAUGAACCCUCUUUUAUGGAAGCUGGAUAUCCGUUCAGUGCUCACCCAAGGUAAUAAUCUUGGUUCUUUUGCAAAUGUGCAACACAAUCAAGAACCAAGAAAGAUGAACAGAAGAACAUCAUCAGACCAAUACAGCUGAGUGCUAGGAUGGACUGGUAACUUCAGGGGAUCAACUUGACAGAGAAUCUACUCUAAUUGACAUGACUAGGUGCAUUGAAUUUGAGUUAUAAAUUUCUCCUUUUCUGUUUCACGUCAUACUCAUUUUCAUCAUCAUCCCAUAGUUUGCUGGUUGUGUUGUGUUGGUUCCCUCUUAGAGCCAGGUUGAGUCACAUCAGUGGCAUGAGAACAAUUCAUGAAAUUCCAGCUUCUGAGAGGUCGAAAUAUCAAAGCAGACAGAAACACUAGCCGCUUCAAGUAAAAUAUUGUUGUCGGCAGCAUCAGUGGUACAUCAUAGACUCAUGAUCUGAAAGAAAGAAAAUUCAAAGCGCAGAGAAAGCAAGAUUCUCGAGUAAGUAAUAUUUUACGCGCUCAUUAUUAUUACUUUUUAUGUCAUUUCCAGGGAGAAGAUGAAAGCAAAACAUCGCAGAGCCGUUUAUAAGAUCUAAGAGAGAAGAAAAAGGAGAAACCGAGGAGGUGCUAUGGAGGAUGGGGUUUAGUGGCAUCAUGGUGUUCAUAGUAUAGAUACUGUACUUUGUAACUUUGUUACAAUUUGUUGUACCCAAACAACAUUUCUUUAGCAAAAUGAAUGAAUUUUAUUUUUUUCAUUA